GUUUGCCAUCGUUUAUACCCCUAGAAAGCCUAUUUAAAAAGGAAAGCGACGAGUCCGGCGCUCCUGACACGGCAACUCCGCAGAAAAGAACCCCACGCAGCUUCCCUCUCCGGCCGCAGCGUCCCUCAUUCUGGAUCGGCAUAAAUGAAUGAACCACAAGGGAAUAUCGCCAGACGAUCGCAACCUGGAAACUCUCUCUUGCCCAUCGAGACAACCGGGAGGAUUCUAUGUCGAGCUUGACAGGCAGCUCAGCAUGACUUUUUGCGUCUGGAACUUGUCCAGCAUCUCAAGAUUGUCAAAUGCGUAAAACGACGGCCGGUGUUUUCUGCCUCCCCCGCAAAGGAGUCACGCUGUGAUUAACGGAUCAGGUUUUUGACUGGCAGGACAAAUGAAUACAAAUGAAUUUAGGCACCCGAAGGAGAGCUUGCAGAACCUCUCAUCUAGAUACAAAGAGAGCCCUAUUGCUCUGUACAGUUUUAUAUUGUACUUGUUACCUGGGACUUUCACAAGUACACUCUGAAGAUGUUGAUAUCCUCCAAAAGUUGGGGCUUAAGGGACAGAAGCCGUCACGUUCCGUGCCAGAAGGGGUCAUUCCAUUCAGAGCAGGGAUCAUCCUCAACCAGAGGGCGCAUAUUGAGGCUCCGUUGCACUCAGUCCUUCCAGCGGCCAUCUGGCCCAAGUUGGCGCUGGUCCUGAGUGUACGCUCACACCGUGUAAACAGUGCUUUCCUCUUCACUCUGCUUUCAAGCAACAAGAAACUCCUCCUUGGUCUGCAGCUUGUACCCGGCAGUCUUGUCCUACACACAGGACCGAACACCUCAGUGACACUGCCCUAUGAGCCCCAUGAUGGCCAGUGGCACCAGUUGGCACUGGGAAUUAAUGGAAAGACAGUGACUCUAUAUGCCUCCUGCGGAGAGCAGAGUGUCCAGACGGACUUCGGGUGGGAUGGUGUAGAGGGACUGGCUCCAGAACUCCAGGGCUCCUUCCUGCUGGGAAGGUCAAGCCAGCACCAAACAUCAGGAUACUUUGAAGGAGCAAUUUGCCAGUUUGAUCUGGUCCCUUCUGCCCAGGCAGCUCACAACUACUGCAAAUACAUUAAGAAGCAAUGCAGGGAAGCCGACACUUACAGGCCUAACCUUUCUCCUUUACUGCCGAUUCUACCGAGAGUAACAAACAUUUCAGCUACUUCUGCUACCCCUAAACGCGGUGGUCCAGAAACCGCCAGGAAGACCACCGGGUCGAGCCUUGCCAGAAAUGUUGCUGCUGCUGCCUCAGCUGUCAGGUAUGUGGCCCCCGCCCAUACGAAAAAGAAAAAUCUGAUAAUUAUCCCCACUCCUCUGCUAAUAACUGUAACGCCAACCACAUCCCAGUUGGGUUUGGUUGUCCCUUCCUCAAUAACCAAGACUGAAACUGUAACAGCACCACUCAGGACUCAAGCGCGGCACCCGAAACCGACGACCCCAAGUUUGAAAGCUUCAACUCACAAACCUGUUAAGCCCACACCACCAAAGCCCACUCCUCAAAAAAACAUUAAAAAGACCAUUCCAAGAACGGACCAGAAGAAACUGACCACUCCGGCCACUUUUACAACCAAAUCUCCAAAGACCAAACCUGGUACUGUUUUACGAGACCAAGCUGGAGUCCCAAACAAACCACAAGCCACAACAGUCAAGAAAUUGCCCCCCAAGUCUAAAGUUUCCCCAUCUAAAGUCCCUUUUCCCAAGUCCAAAUCAAAUCCUGUCAAAGUUACCCCUUCUAAAGCAACACUACCUACAGCGAAACCUUCAAAAUCAACAAUCACCAAAACGUCUAAACCACCAAAGCCAACUUCCAAACAGAUUACCAAGCCAACUAAGAAACCUGAAACUACCAAGACUCCAGUCACACCACGACCCACCAAGCUCACAUUCAACACAGUAACCCCACCUGCCACUGACGGUUUCCUGAGCUGGGAGGUGCCACCGACACAGUUUUCAAUGCUGGCAGGACCCAAGGGACAGAAAGGAGACCCGGGCUCACCGGGACUGCCGGGACCUCCAGGGAAACCAGGCGUGCCAGGCAAGAGGGGUCCUCGGGGUGCCCCUGGCCCCCAUGGGAAUCCUGGCAGACCUGGUCCUCCCGGGCUUAAGGGGAAAAAAGGAGAUCCAGGCGUUUCACCCGGACCAGCACCUAAAGGAGAGAAGGGAGACUCAGGGAUCGUCGGCCCAGUUGGACAGCCUGGUCAAGAAGGUCGAAAGGGACAGAAAGGUUACCCCGGUCCACCAGGACUUCCUGGAGAGCCUGGAGAACAGGGUCCGGUCGGGAGCCCAGGUGCCAAAGGUUAUCCUGGCAGGCAGGGUUUACCGGGACCUAUUGGACCAAAAGGGCUGAAAGGCAUGCGGGGUUUCAUUGGAAUCCCAGGCCUUUUUGGCCUGCCUGGCCCUGAUGGCGAAAGAGGAAUUCCGGGUGAACCAGGGAAGAGGGGCAAGAUGGGUAGGCCGGGGUUUCCGGGGGACUUUGGGGAGAGAGGGCCACCUGGACCAGAUGGAGAGCCAGGUGAAAUGGGAGCCCCAGGUCCGAACGGAGUGCCCGGACUAAUUGGUGACAUGGGACCUGUGGGAGAAAUGGGCCCUGCCGGACCCGUUGGACUCAAGGGGGUACCCGGAAAUCCUGGAGAACCAGGACUGAAAGGUGAUAAGGGAGACGUUGGGAUUCCUGGAGAGCAGGGGGAGAUUGGGUACAAAGGAGAUAAGGGUAUCCAAGGAGCUCCAGGUUUGCCGGGCCUUCGUGGGAAACCAGGACCACAGGGGAAAGUAGGAGACAAAGGUCCUGAUGGUGCACCAGGACCACCAGGCCCUGAGGGUUUCCCUGGUGACAUGGGACCACCAGGAGAGAAUGGCCUCGAAGGACCAAAGGGAAAACUAGGAGACAGAGGCUUACCGGGGCCCCGAGGGAUCCCAGGCCUGGAGGGAGACGAGGGUCCAAUCGGGCCACCGGGACCAUCGGGACUUGAGGGUAGAAUGGGGAGAAAAGGAUUUCCUGGGAAGAUUGGCUCGGAGGGAAUCAAGGGGGAAGCCGGUGUCCCGGGAAAAGUCGGGCCCAUGGGAGAAAGAGGCUUGGUGGGUUUCAUCGGACCUGUGGGAGAGACCGGGCUGGCAGGAGAGAAGGGGGAUCGAGGGGAGAUGGGCCUUCCUGGACCACCCGGAGUAAAAGGUUCAACGGGUCACCCAGGCACACCAGGUGAGACUGGACCUCCUGGACCACCAGGAAGACCAGGCCCUGCUGGAGCAAGUGGGCCAGCCGGUACCAGAGGACCUAAAGGCUUGCGGGGAGCAAGGGGGCCUGAUGGUCCGACAGGAGAGACGGGGUCAGAGGGCAAGAAGGGACCUGAUGGUCCUCCAGGAAAAAUAGGCUUCCCAGGAUCACAGGGAAAGAUCGGAGAGACGGGAGAAGCUGGACCUAAAGGUUUCCCUGGCAUCCAAGGGCCUUCUGGACCUCCGGGGGACAAGGGAAUUGCUGGCGACCCGGGACCACCAGGACCACCUGGGACUGUGGGACUGUUAGGAGAAAUUGGUCCGAAGGGCCCUGACGGAAAAGAGGGUGAACCGGGACUUCCGGGCGAACCUGGGGAGAAGGGGGCUGUUGGACCACCGGGAAACAUCGGAGAGCAAGGACUGAUAGGGCAGAGGGGAGAGUCAGGCCUAGAGGGAGAGGCUGGUCCAGCGGGUCCUGAUGGAGUAAAGGGAGAAAAAGGUGACAUGGGUCAGGAGGGUGACAAUGGCGAAAAAGGUGAAACUGGACUAAAGGGAAAGGAAGGUCCACCUGGUAGUCCUGGACUCACAGGCGUCAGGGGUUCGGAAGGAAAGCCUGGUGUAAUUGGUGAACGAGGCAAACCAGGGCUAAAGGGUGCUAAGGGUCACCUGGGUCACCUUGGAGAAACUGGAAAGGUUGGGGAGACUGGUCCGCCGGGGUUUGUUGGGCCCAAGGGUUCCAGAGGGACUCUAGGACAUGUGGGAGCUCCGGGCCGAAUGGGGCAACAAGGCGAAACUGGUCUUCCAGGUUAUGAGGGCCAUCUGGGACCACAGGGCCCCUUAGGGUCUCCAGGACCAAAAGGUGAAAAGGGUGAGCAGGGCGAUGAUGGAAAGCAAGAAGGUCCUCCUGGUCCUCAAGGUCUCAUGGGACCUCCAGGUGACAGAGGAGAGAGGGGUGAAUCAGGAGAUCCAGGGUACAAAGGUCAAAUCGGUUUAGAUGGUGAACGAGGCAGACCUGGAGCUCCUGGGCAGCCGGGCCACCCUGGACCACGUGGACAAAAAGGACCUAAAGGGGCCAAAGGAGAUCAAGGCCAAAAAGGCAAGAAAGGACAGUCUGGACAAAAAGGAGCCAGAGGAACUGAGGGUGGGGGUGGUCCUCCUGGUCCCAGAGGUGUGGUGGGUCCAGAGGGGCGUGAGGGUGUCCCCGGACAGGAUGGACUCCCAGGAAAAGAUGGAAGUAAAGGCAUGCCGGGAGACCACGGUGAUGAUGGGGCGGUCGGGCUUCCUGGUAAACCUGGUGGACGAGGUAAAACUGGAGUUCCAGGACUCCCAGGAGAUCAGGGAGGCAUAGGACCAAAGGGUGAGCAAGGUCUUCGAGGUCAGACUGGACCAUCAGGAAAAAGAGGUUUCAAAGGUGGAAUGGGACUAGCGGGACCACAGGGUGACAGAGGACCUAAAGGACAGCCUGGUGAUACAGGAGAGCAAGGUUUUCCAGGGAUUCUUGGAGUUUUUGGACCACAGGGGCCUCCAGGAGACUUUGGGCCAAAGGGCAUACGGGGACCUAAGGGGCCGCAGGGUUCAAUGGGCCACAGAGGAGUGGCCGGCCCUGUUGGAAUUAUUGGUCCCAGUGGAAGUGCAGGUCCUAGGGGACAAAAAGGCAAUCGUGGAGAGGAUGGAUUUCAAGGUCCUAGGGGAUCCCCUGGACCUCGUGGACGCCCCGGACCUCCAGGCCCCCCAUCAGUCCCUUCUUCAUUUAGAGAAGAUGGCCAUUUGUUUGUUGAUUCGCCCACUCCUGGGAAAACUGAGUCGUUCCACCAGAAUAAACCAGCGAUGGACCUGCCGAUGCUCGACCAGGGCGCAGAGAUCUUCAAGACCCUCCACUACCUCAGUAAUUUGAUCCAGAGCCUGAAGAACCCAUUGGGCACGAGGGACAACCCUGCCCGCAUCUGCAGGGACCUCCACAGUUGUGAACAGAAGUUAAACGACGGCACUUAUUGGAUUGACCCCAAUCUCGGUUGCUCGUCUGAUACAAUAGAAGUCUCCUGCAACUUUACUGGUGGUGGACAAACUUGCCUUAAACCAAUAACAGUAUCCAAGCCAACAAUCGAGGUCGGCCGAGUUCAAAUGAACUUUCUUCACCUCCUGAGCUCAGAGGCGAUUCAGCACAUCACCAUCCACUGUCUAAACGUCUCAGUUUGGAGGUCAGCCGAGAAUCAGCCUCCUGACCGCCGGUCUGUGAGAUUCAAGGCCUGGACAGGGGAGGUGUUUGAUGUUGGGGGGGAGCUCGAGCCAGAUGUUUUGGAGGACUCCUGCUGGAUGAAAGAUGGGCGUUGGCACCAGACCCAUUUUGUCUUCCAUUCCAUGGAUCCCACCCUGCUCCCUGUGAUUGACAUCUUCAACCUUCCAGAAACAAGCUCUGCUUCUCAUUACCACCUGGAGAUAGGUCCGGUGUGCUUUCUUUAAGGGCCACAUGUAAGGUCUUCUGAGAACAAAGGGAUGGACAACCUCCCCUUGCAAAUCACCUUCAUGCAGACACGGAGACCAGAACGGUCAAGUAAUCGUGGCCGAACGCCGUCCCAGUGAGAAAAACUCACUGCUUCCCCCGCCCAUAACAGAUAUUGCUUCUCAACCAAACUCCCACUGGACUGCAAACAGAGAAAAAAAAGGGAGGAAGCAGAGAGAGCAAGGCGAGGGAAUUACAGGAGCAGGGGAGUUCUUGCACUAAUGGCUUCUAAGAACAGCAAAAGCGUCCUCAAGCUCUUUCAGAAGAACCCCCACGUGCUAAAAGAAAAAAAAAGACCAUGCAAUGUCUCCAGGACAUUUUGAAGUGAAAGGAGGCCAAGUUCAACAGUAAAUGUUCAAAGUAACUUAUUUUCACAACUUUAUUCAGUCUGUAUACUUUGUGUAAUAUUCAGAUUUUGUCAUAACACCUAAGGUAAUUGGUAUUGUGUAAAUAUAGAUAUAUAUAUGCUCUAUUAUUGAUUUUAUACAUGUAUAUCUUUUGUAAAUUAAUAAUCUGUAAGUGCAAUAGAUAAAAGUUAAAAAAUAUAUAUAUUUGAAACAUAGGAGUUUAAAACCGGAUGGCUAAGUAUACUGUGCAAAAAGGCACAUAACCUUUUGUUUUCACCGUCUGACAUCAAAUUAGACUAAACGUUUCCUGUUUUAGCUGAGUUAGGAUUACCAAAAUGACUUGAACUUGCUACAUGUCAGAAUAAGAAGAGAUGUUUUAGAAUUGUUUUAUUCACUUUACUUUGUUCAAAUUCAGAAAUUUACAUUAUAAUAUUCGUCUGUCUUUAAGAAAUUUGGGAAAGCCUAGAGUAUAUGAUUUUCCAAGCUUCUGGUGUAAUUCACCAACAUUUGAGUUAAAUGGAGGCGUGGCUGUUGAUGUAUUUCUAGGUAACAUCAUAAAUUCCCUGCUUCCUUGUGUGGAACAAUGGUAAAAUCAAACAAAAUCAGCCAAGACGUCAUGAAGAAAAUUGUGGACUUUCACAUGUCGGGUUUAUCCUUCGGUGCCAUUUUUAGAUCCCUGAAUCUGGCACGUACAUCUGUUCAAACGAUUAUAUGCACGUAUAAACACCAUGGAAAUGUCCACCCAAACUGUUCAAGAAGGAAGCGGGUUUUGUGUUUUAGGAAUAAAGGCGUUUUGGUGCUAAAUGUAUUCACGGCGGUGGUCAGAGGGUCUGCCCCAGGGCAACUGUGGCUACAAAUAUAGCUCACCACCGUCAGGGUGUGAAUGGGUGAAUGACUGACUGUAGUGUAAAGCGCGUUGGGGUCGUCAGACAAGUACCAGCCAUUUACCAUUUUACCAUUUAUCACCAAUGACCCCUGUGCUGGCAUGGACUGAAAGGCCCAUCUGCCAGGAAGAGGUCAUCAUGUCAGAAGGCAACAUAAAAAGCUUGAUUAUAGUUUGCAAAUACACUGAGGGGUAAAGACCUUAACUUUUGGAGGAAACAAUGUUUUGCUGCAUGAGGGUCUCUCCCACUUUACAAAAUAGAUUGUAUCAAGUGAAUGAAUUAAUUAAUUUAUUUCGGACAUGUGCUAUAGCUCAGUACCAAAACACACAGUUACAGCAGCGUGGAAAGAACAUUUUGUGAAAAUAUUCAAGCAACAUUUAAAAACAUUAGCCAGGAAGUCAAAGGUCGCCUGCGGUCUUCUAAAUGGACAAUGACAACGUUUUGGGGUGGCCAUCGUAAAAGCCCUGAUCUCAGUCCCAAACACAGUUUGCAGGCAGAUCUGAAAAUAUGUGUGUAAGCACGGCAGCCAACAAAUCCUCAGUUUCACCAGUUCUGUUAGGUGAAAGGGGGGGUCAAGAUACCGGCAAAGAUUGUGGAAGGAUAUCCAAAAUGUUUUUAUCUAAGUAAUACAGUUGAAAAUGCAGAUUUACCAAAUACAAACAAAUGCAUGUAAACCUUAGAAUUGAAAAAAAAAAAUACAUACACACACACAAAAAGUAACAUUUUCUGUCAUCAUUCUGACAUUCAGCAUGUGCAGCUAAUUUUGGUAAUCCUAUCUGACCUAAAACAGGAAACAUUCAGUGUGAUUCAAUGAAGACAACAGGGUGUUGUGUCUUUUUAUACAAUGUAUGUAAAUAUCUGGAUUAAGCUGAAUAUGGAAGGAUCUUGUUUUUAUGUCGUAAUAUGGGUGCCAUUUUACUUGCCUUCGGUGCUCAUAUUUUCACGGUCUUUCACGGAGGGGGAUUUAUCCAGAGGCGGAGGUCAUAUUUCUAUAUACUCUGAGAUUUGAAUUUUCUACUCGCUGUAAGAAAAACAGUGGCCACAAGCCAAAGCCAUCUUCAUGACGUAAGUUUGACACGGAUGCCACUGAUGAUGGGAGGAGCGUAGGUGCCAGACUGAGGAAGAAGACGACAAGUAUGGAGGUCAAGUUCUCAGUAGUGUUUUAAUAAACCUUCUCUAACUGUGGAGUAUAGCUUUUGGCUUUUGUUUCAUUCAGAAAUGAAAACAGAAUACAUAGGCGCCAACAACGAAACAUUUAGAAUGGAAACGACUACAGAUAGAGGUAAUUCUUAGAGGAGAUCUGAGCCACAGAAGAAUGGAGAGCGGGUACGGGAAUCAAAACAAAACCUCCACCUUUUAUCCCUGUAAUGCACGGUGCUAAGAACAUGUCCUAAGGUGCUAAUGUUAGUGCUGUUAUACACCACUUUGCUGAAUUAUUCAAACGCUUAUGGUGCAUGCAGGCUUUGCUUAAUAAAGUUCAUAUGCAAUUCUGCCAUUCCGUUCCACUAAAACCCCAACCCAUAUAUCGUGACAUGAUUUCCAAAUUAUAUUUAAUUUCCACUCUGCAGAUAAAGAAAAGCUGAAUUUGAGAAUGCUUAAACACAAUAAACAUUUUAAAGUUUUCAGGGUGUACAUCCAGCAUAAAUCGCAGGGUUUAAAGCAUUUCCAGAAGUACUUAUUUUCAUGUACAAAGCCCCGCUGAGCUGUAUGUAAUAUUUUUUUUUUAGCAUCUAGUAGAUAGUUUUUAAGAGUGAAAAAAAUUAAUAAUAAUGUAGCUGGAAACAAGUGUGUAUAAUUUUGUAAACCUUGCUGUAUACAGUGGAUCCCCUCUUGCUAAUUUAAUGUUAUUUAAUGUUGUUAUUGUGGUUGCAGACUGCACAAAUUUCUGUCAGUUGAAGCAAAACUACUCUUAUUGACAAUGUUAUAUAUCCGUGCUCCCAACUGGUCUUGGAGUUUAUAGAUUUUUGUUAUGUGUAAAUUUGGGGCUCCAGAGAACAAAUUUAUGACAAUAUUAUUGCUUUUAUUUUUCUAAAUUUUCAUUUGUUUUUUUUUUUUAUUUCUUUUAUGAUAAUCAACCAUGUACUGUACAAGAACUGUGCUCUCCUAUACCUAAUAUGUGAAAACAAAUGGUUUCUACUUUUUGUAAAUCUUUCCUUAAAAUGAGCUAAGAAUACCUCAUCAUUUUACAUGAGCAAAGAUUUUCUGUUGCAUUUGCGAUUAAAACUUGUUUGAAAAAUAUCAGCCAAUUGCAGCAAGUCAUCAAACUUGGAACAAGAUCAUAUCUGGUGCAUUCAUCUUUUAUCUGUCCGCUCUUUAGUAUUUGUUCAGUGUCUGUUUGUUCAAUAAAUACGUUAAAUUUG